AUGACCCCACCCCCAACCCGACAAAUCUACACCACCAGCGACCGCAUAACAGAGUUCCUCCAACACAUCAUCACCCAAGACGCCCCCACCACAAUACUACUCAUAUGCUCAACAAAGGAACAAUUCCUAGAGCAAUUACUACUCGCCUCAGGCCCCGGAACUGAAGAACACAAUCAACAUAACCACAUACUUACUAAAAACACCAUCGGGGUGCUGUCCAAAUCAAGCAGCAUUAAGUUAGUGUACUGCCCUACGCUGGAACAUCUUCGAGCGUAUUUGUCUGUGAUACGAUUGCCGGAAGAUGGAGUAGGGUUGCAGCGAGAGUUGUUGACUACUACUGCCGAGGAGAAGGGAAGGCAGACGAAACAACCACCACCUCUGAUGGCUAUCUUGAACCCGUUGGCUUUACAUGUUCCUACUUCGGAGUUCUCUGCUCAGGGGUUGUCGAGGACGUUUGCGGCGGUGGUGGAGGUGGCGGACCGAGGGGGGAUGGAUCUUGUGCUGUGUGAAUGUAGAGAUGUUGGUGAUUCUACGGGGGUUGGGAGUGGGAUUGGGAGGGGGGAGGUGUCAUGGCAUACGCAGGUGCCGCUGUUGAACAGCUCUGUGCGGGUUGGAGAAGAAAAUACUUCGUAUCGAGGGGGUGGAGUGCCAGUUCAAAGGGUCGUGCAGCGGUGGUUCGAAUUUAAUGAUAAUGAGGCUCCGAUUACAGACACUACAAUCAUAGACGUCUGA